AUGCAGUGGCUCUUCAUCCUCACUGUCCUUGUCAUCACCUACAUGCAACAGUUUUUUUGUAGGGCACAAGGUAACAGUCAACUGCAAGUGAAGUCCAGGGAAAAGUCUGAAGAAGCUGAUGAAGUACAUCAGCGUAAAGAGUUUUGUCACUGGCCAUGCAGAUGUCCACCCAAGCCAACCUGCACCCUUGGCGUGAGCUUGGUAAAGGAUGGAUGUGGCUGCUGUCAGAUCUGUGCCAAGCAGUCAGGAGAGAUAUGUAAUGAAGCAGAUAUCUGUGACCCUCACAAAGGGUUAUAUUGCGACUACUCUGCAGACAGACCUAGGUAUGAAACAGGAGUAUGUGCAUAUAUGAUAGCUGUAGGAUGCGAGCUCAAUGGAGUGCAUUAUCCUAAUGGGCAAGCUUUCCAACCUUCCCCUCUUUAUAAGUGUCUGUGUGUCAGUGGUGCAAUUGGAUGCACCCCUGUGUUCACUCCCAAAUCAGCUGUAAGUCCAUGCACCACAGUCAAAGGGAAAAAAAAGUUUGGACCUUCCACCUGUGGCCCUGGACAACAGAAGCAGCUACAAUCAACAGGUUACAGAUUAAUGCCAGCUUACAGGAGUCUACCACUUGUUUUAAAGAAGAAGUGCUUAAUACAGGCAACUCCUUGGACCCCUUGUUCUAAAACCUGUGGUAUAGGCAUCUCCAAUAGAGUGACCAAUGAAAACAGUAAAUGUGAAAUGAGAAAAGAAGAGAGGCUGUGUUUCAUUCAACCUUGUCAGACCAAUAUACUGAAAACUGUAAAGAUUCCAAGAGGAGAAACCUGUCAACCAACAUUCCAGCUUUCCAAAGCAGAGAAGCUAGCCUUUUCUGGAUGCUCAAGCACACAAAGCUACAAACUUACUUUCUGUGGUGUGUGCCUGGACAAGAGAUGUUGCAUACCUAACAAGUCCAAGAUGAUCACUGUACAGUUUGAUUGCCCUAAUGAAGGUUCCUUUAUGUGGAAGAUGAUGUGGAUCACAUCUUGUGUUUGUCAGAGGUUGUGCAGUGAUCCAGGAGAUAUAUUUUCUGAACUCAAGCUUUUAUAGUAAGUUACACAUAGCACCAUAUUGUGAAGUUAGAAGCACAAUCACAGCUUGGAGAGUUAGCUAA